AUGUCCCAGCCCGGCAGCAUCUUCACAAGCAUGAGCAUCACUCGGACGCCCAGUCACCAGCCGAUGGCCACGUAUCAGUACUCCCCCGUCGACGAUAGGACGAUCCGGCUCGUGACGCUCCUCCCCGGCACGCCAGCCGACACCCUCUCUGUCCAUCUGCAUGCGCACUCGCUCGACGACGCCGCCGCGCUCCCGGACUAUGAAGCCCUCUCGUACGUCUGGGGCUCGCCCGCCGAGUCCUUCCCCGUGACCGUCGCGCCGCCGUCCCCCGCGACCGUCGACGGCGGCGCGACGCUCACCGUGUCGCGCAACCUCCACGAGGCGCUGCUGCACCUGCGCGGGCCGGCCGCGGCGCGCACCAUGUGGAUCGACGCCCUGUGCAUCAACCAGCAGGACCUCGGCGAGCGGGCCGCGCAGGUGCAGCACAUGGGCGCGCUGUACCGCGAGGCGGCGCGCGUUAUCAUGAGCUGGUGGGUAGUGAUGGCUUCGGCGCUUUGA